UCUCCUUCCUCCUUUCUUUUAGACUUAGCUCAAAUACCCCAUGAAUGGGAGCUUGUACAAUGUAAUUGUGAGGAGAGUCCUAAUGAGAAAGAGAGGGCUUGGGCAUUAGCCUAAAAAGUCCCGUGGUUUUCUCCCUUUCGGGUUUCCACGUAAAAACUGAGUGUUCAUACAUAUAUUUACUAUAUCGUGUUGGAUUAAACUCAACACAACUAAAAUGGAUCAAACAAGCUAAAAGCUGACUGAUAAGUCAUUUGACAAACAUACCCAAAAUGUAAUACACCGCCGUACCAACGGCACGAGAUAGUUCAAGCAUUUAUGGAGAGGAACUGAGUCAGCUGGCAACGUGGGAUCUACGUGUAAGCCAAUCCAAUAACUGACACGUAGACCACCCCCACCCUCCCUCCUAUAUUAUUACCCCCUAUUUCCUCCUUGUUAGGUGCAUUCAUCCAUCAAUCAACCCCCAUCCACUUGUUCUUCUUUGAAACUCCUCUCCUCUCAGCUAAUUAAGAUCAUUAUUUAGGUUCGGAAAGAUCAGCAGAAAGAAGAAGAAGAAAGCGAAAGAGAUGAAGGAAAAUACUGGGAACCCUUUGGCCUUGACGUCUCUCAACCACAUCUCUCUCAUCUGCAAAUCAGUGGAGGAAUCCAUCGACUUCUACCAGAACAUCCUGGGUUUUGUCCCUGUGCGAAGGCCUGGUUCUUUCAAUUUCGAUGGGGCCUGGCUGUUCUGCUAUGGAAUCGGAAUCCAUUUGCUUCAAUCCGAAGACCCGGAGAAUUUGCCUAAGAAAAAUGUAAUCAAUCCCAAGGACAAUCACAUCUCGUUCCAGGUAUUCCGGCACUUAUAUUCUUCAUUUCAAGGGAGUCCCAUUCCCCAGUUUAUAGCUAAUUAAGUUUUACCUUUUCCUUUAAAAAUACUAAUUUCAGAAACAUAACUACAAUAUACGGAGUACUAUGUACUUAACACACAAAUUAAACAAAGUACAUCACUUUUUUGCAUGAACACAUGACCAUUCACUCCUAAAAAUAAAUACUACUCACUUCCCUCUCAUUUGAGUUUUUCUUUGUGCAAUUUACGAUAUAUAGUUCACAACUAUAAAAUCAUAAAAUUAAACUUGUUUUUGAUCAUAUAUAUACACUAUAUAUGUAUAUAUUAAUAAUUUAGAAGUUAUAUAUUCAUCUAAUACUCCGUAUAUUUUCUCAGAUGAAAUUAUGAUUAUAAACUUUGACCAAUUACUUAACUAAUACUUCGUACAUUUAUCUAAAAUUCAUUAAUUUAAGAUAAUUUUAUACUUUUAGGAUAGUAGAGUAUACUUCGUAUUUUUUUUUUGAGAAAGAAAAGGGAUAAAUAGAAAAGAGUUACUAAAGGGACUCUAAUAAGUUUGAUGACAUCAUUGUUGUGACACUUCCAAAGAGUAUGUCAGUGAUUCGAAUCUCAUCCCAGUUCAAUGAUGUUGGCUUUAACGGAACAAAUAAUAUAAUAGGUUAGAUGAACAAAAAUGGACUCUAAUAAUGCAAGCAUUUCAUCUUUCCUGAUAUUGCGCAUUUACAAUUUGCUUUACAUAAAUAUUCGAUCUUAGAGAGAAAAAACAAAAACCUUAUAAUGCAUGCGUACUUGAGAUGAACUGUGAUAUUGAGGCUGAUGUCGAGGAUGUAGGUUAAUGGUAGGUGGAGUACGUGAAGCUCAAAUCCUGGUAACUAUUGUAAGUGCUAGGUGGAGCAUUAUGAUUUAAAGUCAAUUUAUUUCUCCUAUUUUUGUAAAAGUUUUUUCUUCUUCAUAUAUGUGGUUUACAAAUCUACAUAAUUUGCUUGUCAUUUUCUUUUUUAUUAAGACAAUCAAUUUUAGCACUAAAAUCGAAACAUGAGAUAAUGACACAAUUAGUAAGAAUAAUUGAAUUAUGUACGUAGUAAUCCUUAUUGAAUUGUAAGGUGAGAAUAAAGUAUUCAAAUAUGAAAAUUACAGGAAUGACCAAAUCGAAACAUGAGAUAAUGACACAAUUAGUAACUCUAUGUUUUGUCCACUAAAAUCGAAACAUGAGAUAAUGACACAAUUAGUAAGAAUAAUUGAAUUAUGUACGUAGUAAUCCUUAUUGAAUUGUAAGGUGAGAAUAAAGUAUUCAAAUAUGAAAAUUACAUGAAUGACCAAUAUGAUGACUUCGGCUUAAUAAGGGCAGAGUUAAAAACCAUAAAAAAAAGGGCAGAGUUAACAAGGAAAACUAAGAAUCGAAGGAGAUACUAAUACUUUUAACUACCCAUAUUUUCAAGUCUUUUAGACAGGGGAAAAUAAUUAAAAUACUCCAAACUUUGAAGAGGUGUGAGGUAAGCACUCCAAACUUGCAUAUGUAAUUUGAAUAUCCCAAAUUUUAUAUAAAAAAUUAUUUUAGCACCAUGGUCAUAUGCUAUUUUUUUUAAAAAAUGUUAAUUUUUUAUGUUAAUUUCAUAAUUUAAAAUAAUUUAUCAUUCAUGAAGAUACAAUUAGCAUCCUAAACUUACAUUGUAAAAUAAAUAUUAGUAUCCCCCACUUUAUAUAAUUGCAACGUUUUGAAUUUGCUAAUUUAAAUUAUGCAACUAACAUCAUAAAUUUACAUUUUUGAAACAAAUGAUACACGACCAUGGUGUUAAAUACCUUUUUAUCUUUCAUAUAUAUUUAAAUUAUAUAUGAAAGUUUGAAGUGUUUAUCUCACACCCCUUCAAAGUUUAGGAUAUUUCAAUUAUUUUUCUCUUUAGACAAUUUGUGUAAUACUCCCUCCGUCCCAAUUUGAUGAUCCCGUUUCUUUUGGGCUCAAAGAUUAAUGAAGUGGUUAAAAAGGUAAAAGUUAUGGUUGAGAUUUGAGUAGAAAAAGGUGAAAUGAUGUGGACCACAUAUUUCUUUCCAAAAAGAGAAAUGGGACUAUCAAUUUGGGACGGCCCAGAAUAAGAGAUCAUCAAAUUGGGAUGGAGGGAGUACUUCGUACUACUUUAAAUAUUACUCCGUAAUAUUGUUGAAUUUCGGUUAAAAAAUACAGCCGGAAUUUCAUGUGUAGAGUUCACUUUAUUUGCAUUACUUUUAUCUAUGUCGGUCAUCAGUGUAUGGUGAACUCCGAUCUACAUUGAAUUCGGCCGCUAAAUAGAAUAUAUAUUUUGAUCAGAAAUUUGAAUAGUAUUGUCGAUAUAAACAUUUGAAAUUGUGUACAAAACAUGUACAUCAUAUUGUACAAACAUAAUGAAUUUUAAUGGUGCUAAUAAUUACAUUGGUUAUAUUGGGUGUGGGAUGGGGUCAGUGUGAGAACAUGGACGGAGUGGAGAAGAAGCUGAAAGAGAUGGAAAUCAAGUACGUGAGGCAAAGGGUGGAAGAAGGAGGAAUCUACGUGGACCAGCUGUUCUUCCACGACCCCGACGGAUUCAUGAUCGAGAUCUGCAACUGCGACAACUUGCCGGUGGUUCCGCUGGCCGGCGAGGUGGCCGGUCAUGUUCCCGUCACAAUAUUCCGAUCAUGCAGUCCCAUAAGCACAUUCAUGUUUAGUUCAAGUCCCCUUGAAGCUAAGCUAGCCGCCGGACGUUACGUUCUAAUAAUAAUAUUAUUGUUACAAUAAUUACACAUCCCAAGCUAAGCAAUUGGUUAAUUACUGAGCUAAGCUCGAUCGGCUCUCUCGAUCUUUUGUUUUGUUUGGCUCGAUAAUCAUCAUUAAGCUAAUUAAUUAAGUUGCUAGUCGAUGUUACGUAUGUAGUAGAUUUGUUUGUUUUGUUUCUUUGUUAUUUUCCUUCCUGUGUAUGUUAAUUAGCUGUAUGUAUGUUUCUAUAUAAUAGUAUGUCGGUUAUCAUUUUGGCAGCUUGUAAGGACGGUGUUAUUUAGGCAGGCAGGCAUUUCCUCAUUAGUUACUUAGUCUUUUAAUACGUACGUACGUAGUAUGUACAUAUAUAUAUUCCCAUUAUGUCUUGUCAAUUCGAUGUACCAAGCUCCACAUCUCAUUAUUGUUGUCAAUAAUUCACAACAUGAUCAUAUGAAAUCCCCAC